GUUGUGGAUGAUCGGCCAACGGCGGACCCGACUUUUGGAUUAGCCUCACAUUUUUUCACUUUUUAACAACUGAACGAUGUAAUUCACAAUAAAAACCACGUUAACCAUGUCUCUGCGGUGUUGAGUCAUUCAUGGCGCGUCUGAUGUGGCCGUGUGUCUGCUGAUUUGCUCGUUUGGAGACUUUGGAUCUCGUCCAAAAUGUCCAAAGCUCGGAGCGCGGAGACGGUGAAGGUUGUGGUGCGAUGUCGACCAAUGAACGAGAAGGAACGCGCCGCCAAAUAUGAGCGAGUCGUUUCUGUCGAUGUCAAGUUAGGUCAAAUCAUCGUCAGAAACCCCCGGGAUGUAUCCAACAGCGACGUGCCCAAAGUAUUCACCUUUGACUCUGUUUACGACUGGAACUCAAAGCAAAUUGAUCUAUAUGAUGAGACGUUUAGACCAUUAGUGGACUCUGUGCUGCUUGGUUUUAAUGGGACUAUUUUUGCAUAUGGGCAAACAGGGACUGGGAAAACGUACACUAUGGAAGGAGUUAGAAAUGACCCGGAGAGGAGGGGUGUCAUCCCGAAUUCAUUUGAACACAUUUUUACGCAAAUUUCACGCACACAAAAUCAACAAUAUCUAGUCCGAGCUUCAUAUCUGGAGAUUUAUCAGGAGGAAAUCCGAGACCUGCUUUCGAAGGACCAAUCGCGGCGUUUGGAGCUGAGGGAGAGGACGGACAUUGGUGUUUACGUGAAAGAUUUGUUGUCUUUCGUGACCAAAAGUGUCAAAGAGCUCGAGCGCGUCAUGAUUGUCGGAAACCAAAACCGAUCGGUGGGAGCGACCAACAUGAAUGAACACAGCUCGAGGUCACACGCCAUCUUCGUCAUCACCGUGGAGUGCAGCGAGCUGGGCUUAGACGGGGAGAGCCACAUCCGGAUGGGGAAGCUUAACUUGGUGGAUUUGGCGGGAAGUGAGAGGCAGACGAAGACGGGAGCACAGGGAGAGAGGCUAAAGGAGGCGACGAAGAUCAACCUGUCACUGUCAGCUCUGGGGAACGUCAUCUCUGCUCUGGUGGACGGACGCAGCAGCCACAUCCCAUACAGAGACUCCAAACUCACACGCCUGCUGCAGGACUCUUUGGGGGGAAACGCUCGCACUGUGAUGGUGGCAAACAUUGGCCCCGCCUCUUAUAACGUGGAGGAGACACUAACAACGCUGCGCUAUGCUAACCGAGCUAAAAACAUCAAGAACAAACCACGCAUCAACGAGGAUCCUAAAGACGCUCGGCUGCGAGAGUUUCAGGAAGAGAUCGCCCGACUCAAAGCCCAACUGCAGAGACGCUCAGGGAGGAAGAAGAAGAGGAGGGCCCAGCGGCGCGACCAGGGCAGCGAUGAUGUGGACGGAGAGGAGGGUGAGACAGAGGAAGACGAUGAAGAGGGAGACGAGAGGGGAGACUACUGGAGAGACCAGCAGGAUAAACUGGAGAGAGAGAGGAGCGCCAUCAUGGAAGACCACAGCCUCGUGGCCGAAGAGAAGCAACGACUCCUGCAAGAGAAAGAACGCAAGAUGGAGGAUCUGAGAAGGGAGAGGGAGGCUGGAGAGAUGCUCGCUGCUAAAGUGAAGGAGAUGGAGAGCAAACUUCUGGUCGGCGGGAAGAACAUUGUGGACCACACGAAUGAACAACAGAAGAUGCUUGAGCUGAAGAGGCAGGAGAUCGCUGAGCAGAAACGUCGAGAGCGAGAGAUUCAGCAGCAGAUGGAGAGCAGAGACGAGGAGACGCUGGAGCUAAAGGAGACCUACAGCUCUCUACAACAGGAGGUGGACAUCAAAACCAAGAAGCUCAAAAAGCUGUUUGCAAAGCUUCAGGCAGUGAAGGAGGAGAUCCAUGACAUCCACGAGCUCCACAUCAGUGAGAGACAAGAACUGGAACAGACCCAGAACGAACUGACCCGAGACCUCAAGCUCAAGCAGCUAAUCAUCGAGAACUUUAUUCCUCUGGAGGAAAAGAACAAAAUCGAGAAUCGAGCAUACUGCGACGAAGACGAGUACUGGAAGCUCCGCCCCAUCACCCGCCUCGAAGAUGACCAGCUCAUGAUGUCCCGCCCCCUCUCUGCCGUGGGCUACAAACGACCUCUGACCCGAAACUCGCGCAUGGCCAUGAUGAUGAAGCCCGACUUCAGAUACAAAGCUGAUAACCUGGUCAUGUUGGAGUUGGACCUGCCCUCUCGGAGCACCAGAGAGUACCAGGAGCCUGUGAUUGCUCCUAAAGUGGCGGCGGCUCUGGAGGACGCGCUGAAGGACGAGGAGGAGAUCCAGGUGGAUGCGUCUCACAUCAGCAGCUUCAGCCCAGGACUGAGUCCGAGUCUGGGGCAGGAGAGGAGCAGCAGAGUUGGCAGUGCCAACAGCCUCAAGAAGAACAAGAACCCAGGGCGUCCGAAAACUGGCAAGAAGUCGACCACUCCCACCUCUCCAUACGGCCCCAGCCCAGGACCCCCGAUUUACCCACAGUCCCGCGGGCUGGUGCCCAAAUGACCCAUGUCCUGUGACACUGCACUUUAACACUGAGCCACGCUGCUGUAAAAACCACUCCCACAAACACACGUGUCACAUCACACAGAGACACCACUGCAUGAAACACCAUCAGUGUCAUGUGUCGUCACUGCACAGAGGAGACUUCACAUGAACCAGGACAGUGUACCUACUCUUCAAACAUCACAAACACAUGCAGUGACUUGAGAAUGCACGGUCAUUCACUAAUUAAUUACAUUCACUAAUUAAUGCUUUGUUAAAUCAUCAAUUAGUGAAUGUUAGAAAGUAGUCUGAAAAGUCAA